AUGGGGGCGGCCCUGGAAAUCCUGAGCGACAUGCAUUUUCUUCUCGUACAACUACUCCACCUCGUCGCUCUUCUCGCAAAAGCUAGUGGAGCAGAUGCUGCUCGGUCGAAUAAUGGCCUUACUCAAGCGGUUGAAUGGGACGACUACAGCUUCUUCCUACUUGGCAACCGCACCUUCAUCCAGUCUGGAGAAUUUCACAUGUGGCGACUGCCUUCGCCCUCUCUCUGGCCCGACAUCGUGCAAAAGGUUAAAGCUGGUGGCCUCAACACCAUCUCUGUGUAUUUCCACUGGGGGUUGUCCGAACCUCGACCAGGCGUUGUGGACCUGACAGGAAUCAACGAUUUCCAACCAUUUCUCGAUGCAGCAAAGAAAGAAGGUAUCUGGGUCAUUGCUCGUCCAGGGCCAUAUAUCAAUUCCGAAACAUCUCGUGGCGGAAUACCGGGUCACGUAGCUUGGCUGCCCGGUAAUCCACCUUGGAAUCCGUAUAAUGGUGAACUUCGAAGUAACGACACAUUCUAUCAUGAUGCAUGGCAAGAUUAUUGGACUGAGGUCAUCGGCCUGGUCGCUCGGAAUCAAAUCACCAACGGUGGUCCGAUUAUUCUGCUCCAAAUAGAGAACGAAUACUACAAUGGUCCUGGCCAGAACGAGUAUGUUGGCCAGCUUAAACAGCGCGCCAUCGACCUUGGAGUCGUAGUCCCAACAUUCGUCAACGAUCCUGGUGAAUUCCAGAAUCUUGUUAAUGAUACCGACCUCUACGCUAUCGACGCGUAUCCGCUCAGCGCGUCUAACUGCGGCAAUGCGAACCCAGCUAUUUGGCGCGACAUUGUGACCAAUUGGCGCUCAUAUUUUGACUCUGUUGUCCCUGGCAAACCCCAUUUCUUUCCCGAGUUUCAGGGCGGGUCAGCAGACAACUGGGGGAGCACUGGAGGAUACGAAAAUUGUCGAAAACUCAUCAACACCAACUUCCAGCGGGUUUUCUACCACCAGAUGUGGUCGAGCGGUGUCACAGCAGAAAACUUCUAUAUGGUUUAUGGAGGCACGACCUGGGCCCAAUUACCGUACUCACAGGGAUACACUUCUUACGACUACUCCGCGCCCAUCGACGAACAACGGCAGAUAACUGCUAAGCAUGCAGAAUUGAAGUUGCAGUCUUUGUUCCUACGGUCGUUCCCCGAUUUCUAUAUGACCGACCUUGUUGUCGUGGACAAUUCAACUGUUUCGAAAGUGUAUGCGACACACCUCAAAAACCCAGCACAAGGAUCUUCAUUCUAUAUCUUCCGGCCAAAUAACGUUACCUUAAACGAAACGCUCAACUUCCGAUACACCAUCGGCCAGAACAACAUUACAAUUCCCCAGAACAACGCUUCGCUCACCCUGCUUGGCCGUGAUUCCUUCGUGAUUGCCACGGAUCUCGUGUUUGGAUCGAGCAAAUUGAAGUAUUCGACUGCUAGCAUCCUGACCUCACUGGAGCUAGAUGGUUCCGAUCUUCUCGUGGUUUAUGGAAACGCCGGGCUGUCCUACGAGAUCUCCUUGAACUUGGCUGGUCCAGUGCGACUGUCUACAGCUGGUCCAACGAAAGUCACAACCUUGAGCGGCACAAGCUCAUUCACGAUCAACUUCAUGCCUGCUGCUGGCCUGACACUUGUUCGUCUCUCCCCACAACAUGGCAUCAAACCUAUUACAAUCCUCAUUGCCGACUACGAUGCGGCCACACGUCUUUGGCAGCCCAGCAUCCAAGGUGCUGGCACGUUUUCCAACUACGUGCAUUACGGUGCUUCCACACCACUUCUGAUAAGCGGGCCAUAUCUUGUGCGCAAUGCGAGUCUUCAAGGAUCGCACUUGUCACUGUGGGGAGACGUGCCAGAAAGCACUGCCAUCCAAAUUUUCGGGCCAGCAUCUCUUUCGACACUGCAGUGGAACGGCUCACCACUGAGAAACCUCAAGAAAAUGAGCGAUGGCGUGUUCGCGGCAUCGAUCUCGUUUGUCCCGCCCCCAGUCAGCCUCCCAAACUUGCAGAGCGCAACAUGGAAAUUCAGAGACUCGCUUCCAGAAGUUCAGCCCGACUUUGACGGCUUUGGGAUGAUUCCGGCGGACCAGACGACGACGACAAGCGUGUUUCCGCCGUACUACGGCCAGCCGUGGAUUUUGUACGGCGACAUGUAUGGCUUCCAUGCGGGGAACCUCGUUUGGCGCGGGACAUUCAAUCACAACUCGACGCUUGCUGUCCCAACGGCGGUGAAUAUUUCGUCGUCGGGGGGCAUCAACUACGCAGCAUCGGUUUGGCUCAACACGCACUACCUGGGAGCCGCAGAUGUCCGUGCGACGAGGACGAACAACAACUCCUUCCCUGUUACUCCUGACAUGCUGAGGGACGGCGAGAACAAUGUGGUCGUGUUGCACGACAAUAUGGGCGGCGACUUGAGCGGCAUGAUCGUAUGCUGCACACCGGGAGGAAGAGCAAGAGAUUUACAGCAGCCUCGCGGGAUUCAGGGCUAUUAUUUGGUUGGCCGCGAUGAACAGUUUACGGGCUGGAAAGUCGCGGGGAAUUUUAUGGGCGAAGACGCACCAGACAUGGCGAGGAAGAUAUUCAACGAAGGAGGGCUGUUUGCCGAGCGUAAAGGCUGGCACCUUCCAGGCUAUGACGACUCCAAGUGGGAGACAAGGACGCCGUCCGAGGGGUUGGCGGGGCCUGGAGUCGGCUUCUUCCGGACGACAUUUGUGCUGGACCUUCCCAGAGGCUACGACAUUCCGCUGUCGUUUGUGUUCGACUCGGCCGUAGGGCAAUACCGGGCCCAGCUUUAUGUCAACGGCUGGCAAAUGGGCAAGCGCAUCGCAAACCUCGGGCCGCAGACUGCGUUCCCCGUUCACGAAGGCAUCCUCGACUACCACGGGGUCAAUACCGUCGGUCUGAGUCUGUGGGCGCUCGGGAAUAGCACGGCUGAUUGGCGCAUCCCGAGUUUUAAGCUGGUGGCGAACGGGACGUAUGCGGGUGGGGUAUCGCAUGAUAUUGCGACGAAUAAUCCCGGGUGGGGUGAGCUGAGGGGCAGGUUUGGGGUGACGGCGUUGUAG